AUGAAGCAACCACACAGGUGGUGCCAGACUCCCCCCUCAGUGACUGUCCGGGUCAAACCCAACAGUGCCCACACUCUUCAAAUCAGAAGAGGUCUCCGGCUUAAAAGAGCCAACGGCCAAGACGCCCAGGGCCCACCAGGGAAGAGCCAUCUGAGCCAGCGUCAGGAUGAGGUGCAUUAUGCCAAAAUGACCAUGCCUCCAACUAUUGUCAUCCAGCAGCAGGAAAUGGCAUCAUACUUCAGACUUUUUGACAAUGACCUUAUUCAAGACUUCCUGUGGAUGGACUGUUGCCGUAAAAUGACAGACAAGUACCUUCUUGCCAUGACCUUUGUGUACUUCAAAAGGGCCCACUUCACCAUUGCUGAAUACACCAGAAAGAAUUUUUUCGUUGCAUUGUAUCUUGCUAACACCAUGGAGGAGGAUGAGGAGGAGAGUAAGUAUGAGAUUUUUCCAUGGGCGCUGGGCAAGAACUGGAGGAAGCAGUUUCCCCGCUUCCUCAAACAGCGAGACAAGCUGUGGGGUCGUAUCCAGUACAGAGCUGCUGUCAGCAGGCGCUGCUGCGAAGAGGUGAUGGCCAUUGUUCCCUCUCACUUUGCGUGGCAGCGAGAGAGAUCAGAGCACCAUAGCGGCGCCCAACGACACUACGGUGACCAAGAUCACUCCCGUAUUCCUCGUGGGCCUUCUGCCUCCCCAGUCUCCUGUGCCCUCUGUAACCGCAGCACCAGGUUAGAUCAGGGCCUUGGCUCCUCACAGACCCCAAACACCACCUAUCCACACCCAUUCACCUCCUUGCUGGCUUUGGAGAUCAGCCCACCCAACGCUGCAGCCUCUUGCAGGAAGGCGGAGACUAAAAGCCGCAUGCAGCACUCCUCCUGCUGCUGUGCUGAGGAGGUUCCUAGUAGGUAUCUCAAAUACAGAUGUGCUUCUCCUCCAACCAUAGCUAGGGAAAACUGGACAUAG